AUGGACCCAAACAUUUUCAAUGUUGAUAAUAACAACAGUGAAAACGUUGAUUACAACAGUGAAACUGAUGAUUACAACGGUGAAAAUGUCGUUAACAACAUUGAAGACGGUGAUAUAAGGGCAACCUUGAAUAAUGUUUUAGGGAUUGAAGAUGAAGAUGAAGAUUCAGAGGAUUUCAAUGGUGGAGGUCCAGACCCAUACUUGGACAGCGAAGAUGAAGGGCUCAACUUGGUGUGUGUAGAGGAAGAGGUAAAUACUCCUGAUCACUUUGAGGACUACGAAGAGGAUCCUUUGACGAAUGAAUAUGAACCUGAGCAUGAUGUGACAGAUGAAGAUGAAGCUAGAGGAGGAAUGAAUGGGGAGAGAUUUACACAUGAACAAUUUUUACAAGGUCCUCUUGAAGGGAUGACAUUUGGAAGUAAAGAUUCAAUGUUUUCAUUUUACAGAGAGCGCGCCAGAUUGAAAGGGUUUGGUGUGGUGAAAAAAAUAGAGUUAAAAAAACAUAGUGAUUUUGUUAAUUAUGUUGUCUAUGCUUGUGAUAGGUUAAGGAAAGGAAAACAAAAGAAAUCGAGCAAAAGGAUUGAAUGUAAAGCUCGUGUUAAUGCUGUUAUGAUGGUUGAUGGAUCAUCAUGGCGUGUCACUAAGGUUGAAAGUGAGCAUAAUCAUGUGUUGGAUGCCAGACUAUCACGAUUUAUGCCUUCACACAGGGAAAUGAGCAGGAGUUUGAAGAGGCAGCUUGUUGCUCACGACAUUGCAGGUUUGAGACCUUCAACGAGCAUAAGACUCUUAGAAGUUGAAGUUGGUGGUCCUGAGAAUUUGGGAUGUACCCACAAGGACUGCAGAAACUAUAUUUUGUGGGAGAGGAGGUUGAGAACCUUUUCCACCGAUGCAGAAGCAAUAAACAGGUUUUUUCUUGACAUGCAGAUUAAGGAUAGGGAGUUUUUCUAUGCAGUAGACCACGAUAAUUCUGGCAGGGUACGUAACUGUGUAUGGGUUCAUACACAUUCUAAGUAUGCAUAUCUUGAAUUUUGUGAUGUGAUAUGUUUUGACACUACCUACCUUGUGAAUCAAUGGCAUAUGCUGUUUGCUUUAUUCAUUGAUGUGAAUCAGCACCAGCAGUCCAUACUUCUUGGAUGUGCUUUGAUUACAAGCGAGGAUGCUAACACUUACAAAUAUGUCUUCUCUACUUGGCUUAGAGCCAUGAAUGGUGUAGCUCCAACCGCUAUUAUGACAGACCAAUGUGAGAGUAUUAAGGCAGCUAUCAGAGUGGUGAUGCCAGACGCAAUCCACAGGUAUUGUAUUUGGCACAUUUUCACAAAGUUGCCUUUCAGGCUAAAGCGAGUUCAUAAUGCUAAAAUUGCCAAGAGGGAAUUUAAAGCAGUAAUCUUUGAUAGCAUUACUAUUGAUGAAUUUGUUGGAAAAUGGGAGGCAUUUAUUCAAAUAUAUGAGUUACAAAACAGAAGAUGGUUAUCUAAUUUGUUUUUGGAAAGGGAGAAGUGGGUUCCUGUAUACCUAAAACACUAUUUUUGGGCUGGUAUGCUGUCCACACAAAGGUGUGAGGGUAUGCAUGCUUUCUUUGAUGGCUAUAUCAGUGGUUCUAGCACACUAAAGCUGUUUGUUGAGCAAUACGAGAUAGCCUUGAGACCAAAGUUUGAUAAAGAGUUAACUUCUGAAUUUAUUUCUAGGUAUACAGAAGCAAAAGUUUUCUCUAGAUUCUUGUGGGAGGAACAAAUACAAACUCAUUACACUCGUACAAUAUAUAAUCUUUUUAUGGACCAGGUAGCGAAAAAGUAUCACUGUAAAACGAGCAUUCAUGAAGAUGCUGAAGUGGUGGAAGGUGUAGAGAAGUUCGACGUUGCAGAUUAUUCAAAUAAGAAUGAUUUUCAUGGCAAUAUAUUUGUGUUCUUGGUGGAAUACAGAACAAACGGCGAAUAUUUGGAAUGUAAUUGCAAACACUUUGAAUCUACUUAUAUUUUGUGUUGCCAUAUACUAGAAGUUAUGUCAAGAAAGCGGAUUGACAUAAUCCCUGAGAGGGUCUCUGAUGUUGCAUUGGAUAGUGAAGUGAAAAUUAGAGACUUUAAAAAUGUAAUGAAAGCCAGACUGGCUGCCUAUUUAGAUUAG